AUGGCCCGCAUGGCGACCAAGAAGCGCGCCGCUGAAUCCGACUCGAGCGACGCCGAGGUUGCCCCCAAGGCAGUCAAGAGGACGAAGAGCUCUGGAUCCGGCCCAGCUCCAGAUGGCAAGGAUGAUGAAGGUCAUCCAUACUGGGAGCUCUCCAACAAGCGCCGGAUUGGCGUCUCUCAGUUCAAGAAGAUGAGCUUCAUCAACAUCCGAGAAUAUUACGACAAGGAUGGCAAGACUCUUCCCGGUAAGAAGGGUAUCUCCCUUUCUGUUGAGCAGUACAAUGCCCUCGUCAAGGCCAUUCCAGCCAUCAACGCCGCCCUUCGCGCACAAGGCGAGAAGGUUGAGGAGCCCGAAGAUGAGGCCGAGAGCGCCCUCGUGCCCGUUUCGAAGCCCAAGAAGGAGAGGAAGAGAUCUCCCAAGGCCAACAUCGAGGCAACCAGUGAUGAAGAGGAAUGA